GAAGUAUGUCAACCGGUGUCUCAGAGUCUAGACUUAGCCUAGACUCUGAGACCCUUACAAGUGUUUUGUUACGGAAGAAAGUACUGAAAUAUAAGAUACUCUAAAUUCUUACUUACAGAAACCGUAUUAAGAAAGGAUUUGAUGUACUGUUCGUGUCCUCAGGUGUUGCUGUUAGAGGCGGGUAUGGAGGAGCCCAUGAUAGCUGAUGUGCCAGCGGCCGCCCCCAUGCUGCAGCAAAGCAAUGUGGACUGGGGUUACACCACUCAGCCAGAGAAGUUCAGCUGCAGGUCGAGACCAAUGGGUGGCUGCAACUGGGCGAGAGGCAAAGUGAUGGGGGGCUCCUCCACUAUCAACUAUAUGAUCUACACUCGUGGAAACCCGCAAGACUACGACGAGUGGGCCGAAAUGGGGAACCACGGUACCUUAUUGUUCCACUUUUACAGUUGAACAGUCUAAAUCUUUGGUUGUUCACUGUAUAAUUUAACUCAGAUCGGCAAUUAAAAAUAAAGAAAUGACCAAUCCAUAAAAAGUGUGGUCGAGUUUAGAAAGUUGUGGCGAUAGUUAGCGUCUUGCGCAGAGACCACAGAAUAAACCUAUUGCCUGGUGGUCAUAUGUGCAAAGACCGUAA